UCUCGCAUCUUCUAUUUAUAUUCUUCAUUCCACAUCCUCAGCCAACAUUUUCCCAACAACCAAGCAAUCUCUUUUUCUCAUAUUUCCCAUCCCUCUCUCCAUCUUCAUACAAGUUUUUGGGUUCUGGAUUGCAUUCACUCUAAUCUUCUUUCCCCUGCAUGGGUGCUUUUGUGUAACUUGCUUUUGCUUGAUCUUUUCUCAUUCCUUCAUCUUCACAGGGUUUUGGGUUAUUAUCUGGCUCUUACUAGCCUACUCGAUUCGAGAGUGGUUGUAGUUGUUUAAGUAUUGCACGGGUGCUUUUUUGGAAUCUGAUCUCCGUCGUUUCCGAUACAAAUCUCGAGGAUUGAAGUUGUGUAAGUGCUGCACGGGUGGGUGUUGUAGUAUUUUGUGGGGAUUCGAAGAAAUGGUUGCAACUGAGAAUGGGGUGGUGGAGAGGAGGAGGGAAGGCGUUGGAAGAGUGAGAAGGGGUAUUGAGAAGAAGAAAUGCAAAAAGAUGACAAAAAGAUCUUCUCUGCAGAGGCUGUUUGUGGCCUGCAGAGAUGUGUUCAAAGGCCUUGGCACCGUUCCUCAGCCCACUGAUGUAACCAAGCUCUGCCACAUUCUGGAUAAUAUGAGGCCUGAAGAUGUAGGACUAAGCAAAGAUAUCCCGUUCUUCAAGGCCAAAAGGGCUGCCAAAGGGAUUCCCAAAGUUACAUGCGCUACUGUAUACAAGUGUGAGGAGUUUUCGUUGUGUAUUUUCUUUCUUCCUCCAAAAGCUGUCAUUCCCCUCCAUAACCACCCGGGAAUGACGGUCUUCAGCAAGCUUCUGUUAGGAAGCAUGCACAUCAAAUCUUAUGACUGGGUUGAUCCUGUUGGCUCUGAUUCCUCUUCGCCCCCCUCCAAAUUGAGAUUAGCAAGAUUGAAGGCGGACAGCGUCUUCACAGCUCCAUGCAACACUUCAGUAUUGUAUCCAACUUCAGGAGGCAACAUCCAUGCCUUCACAGCCAUAACACCAUGUGCAGUGCUUGAUGUUCUUGGCCCUCCUUAUUCUAAAAAAGAUGGCCGGGACUGCUCAUACUACAAAGAUUCUCCCUUCACUGCCUUCUCAAAUGGAGAAGCAAGGACGAGGAAAGAGGAGGAUGGAGAAGAAGAAGAAGAGAGGUAUGGAUGGUUGGAAGAGGUUGAGAUGCCAGAGGACUCAAAGAUGGAUUGGACUGAGUACUUGGGUCCACAGAUUAUCGACACUAGUUGCUAGCUUUCUCAUCUGCACCCUCAAAACAUAGAUCUCUCUCUCUCUCUCUCUUGUGGGUUUUAUGAGUUGAAAACCUCAGAAUGUUAAAAGGAAGAACUCUUUUUUUUAUUAUUAUUUUUUUUAUUGGGUGUACACUGUGCUUUGAUUUCCAUCUAUAAAUAGUGAAUGGUUAUGAGAAAAA